AUGUGGCACAGAGGGCAUGUCCGAAUAUCCGACUUAGGACUUGCAGUUGAAUUAAGAGAUAAUGAACCUAUAAAAGGACGUGUUGGCACAGUUGGCUAUAUGGCGCCAGAAGUUAUCAAAAAUGAACGUUAUUCAUAUGGUGUCGAUUGGUGGGGAUUGGGCUGCCUAAUAUAUGAAAUGAUGGAAGGAAAGGCGCCUUUUCGGCAACGGAAGGAAAAAGUAAAACGUGAAGAAGUGGAACGACGAGUCCGUGAGGAUCAAGAAAAAUAUUCGGAUAAAUUUAGUGAAUCUGGCAGGACUAUAUGCAGAGGUCUUCUACACAAAGAACCAGGCUUUAGACUUGGAUGUCGCAGAGUUGGUAAACCAGAAGAAGGUGCUGAAGAGUUAAAAAGUCAUCCUUUUUUUUCACAAGGAGAUGUGAAUACGGGUAGGGAACCAAUUCCUUGGAAGAAAAUGGAAGCUGGAAAGUUGACACCACCGUUUUGUCCUGAUCCCAGAGCUGUGUACGCCAAAGAUGUGCUUGACAUCGAGCAAUUCAGCACUGUUAAAGGUGUAAGAUUAGAUGCAACAGAUAAUCAGUUUUAUGGAAAAUUCAGCACAGGAUCUGUUUCAAUACCAUGGCAAAAUGAGAUGAUUGAAACAGAAUGUUUCCGAGAGCUCAACGUGAUGGAGGAGAAUGGUGAACUAGUGUUGGAUUUGCGUAAUGACCCGAUUAGAGGUGAAAAUAGCAAAAACGAAUCUAAUAAUAAAUUUGGAUUUCUUGCACGAUUGUUCAAGCGGAAAGUAAAGAGCUAUCUUCGGGAUUUGCCUGGAAAAGAUAACCGAGGAGCGAUGCACAUCCCAGAUGAAACCGAUCACACACCGUGCUUAUCUUCCACCAUCUCCAGCCAUUGCCAACAUGCUUCACCUUUGCUGCAACCAAACACUAUGCUCGCAUUCUCGAAGCGUCGUGGGUGGUCUGUGGAGCUCGGAAAAGUCGAACAGCAUAUGUGUGCCGGUGGCAAUAUAUGUUGUAUGAUAGGCAAAUAUUGUGAUGACGACAUUAGUGGUUGGAUCGGCGCAACAAUUACUAAAUCGUUUCGCAAGGCGCGCAUUCAAAUGGCGUUUUUAGGAAAAAGACCGCCGCCAUAG